CGCGGACGGCGCAGUGUGUGCGCGGGCGCAAUGCGAGCGGCUUCCGUCUAUUUAUUGAACAGUGCUACCGCUGACUGAACAUUACUGAACGUUUACUGAACAGUCGUACUGACUGACUGAACAUUUGAUUUACAGUGGUCGUCGAAAAUUGCAGUUGAAAGUGUUUUCUUGAUAUUGUUCCAGCUGAGGGAAGACAUGUGCAUGACUCGAAACAGUUGAAUAGCGAGUGCUGAAAUGUUGAAAAAGGAGUCGAAGACCAAGAUGUCGGAGGAGGGCAGCACCGGCGCUGUGGGUGGGAGCGAGGGGCAGUUCAACCUAGAGGGCAUACUGAGUGAACUGGGCAGCUUCGGCAAGUACCAAUUAUUGCUGCUGCUGCUUCUCGCCUUCAGAGACUCCUUCCUCAACAUGUGCAACUUUAACUACGUCUUCACCGCGGCCGAGGUCGCUUACAGGUGUCACGUGCCGGAAUGUGAAGCAACGGAUAUCAGAUUCAACGCGAGUUGGGUGACGUCGAUCCUGUCGAACAGAUCUGAAGUGUGCCACAGAUUAAUGCCGCAUAGAGAGAACAAUGUAACUGAGGUGGAGGGUCUGUGGAGUCAUUCAAAGGUCGACAAUAGUAGCUGCUCUUUGCGGUUGUUCGAUGAGAAAAUGACGAUGCCUUGCGAGAAGAUUGUAUAUGAAGACUACAAUAGUAUUGUUGCAGAGUUUGACCUGGGUUGCCAGCCGUGGAAGCGAACUCUGAUAGGCACGGUUCAUAACUUGGGACUUGUCUUUUCAUUCAUCAUGUCUGGUGUUAUAUCGGACAGAUACGGUCGCAAAGUAAUAAUUGUGGGUACACCACUAAUGGUGGGCGCGGCGGGCCUUCUCAAGUCCUUCUCUGUUAACUACUGGAUGCUGUUGGUACUCGAGUUCAUGGAGACCGCGCUAGGAUACGGGAACGCAUCUCUUGUAUUAUCAUUAGAAACAGUCAGUCAGAACAGCAGGGUAGUAUACUCCUGUAUAGCUGAUAUCCUCUCAAACUUCGGUGGUGCAUUCUUCGGGCUGAUUGCCUGGAAGAUCCCCUAUUGGCGGCACAUGAUGAGGGCGAUAUACGCUCCCCUGCUGGUUGUUGUCUUCUAUAUAUUCUUAGUCGAUGAGGGUGUCCGAUGGCUCCUAGCUCAUAAUAAGAAAGACGAAGCAGUCAGAGUACUGAACAAAGUAGCGAAGAUCAAUAACAUUACGUUAUCAAAUAAAGCAAAAGCGAUGAUGACUAAAAUAACUGAAGAGAGAAGUAAAGCUGAUCAGGUGGUACAAACACGUUCUGAGGAUCCACCUCCCAUUUUUUCGGUGCUGCGUUCAAAAAAAAUAGUUCUCCGCAUCGCGCUGAUCUCUGUCAGUUUCUUCUGCUGCAUGUUCGUGUACAGUGGCUCCAUCAUCAACUCGACGAGCAUUUCCGGCAACAAGUACCUCAACUUCUCCGCCAUGAUGCUGGUGGCUGUUCCCACGCGCGUUAUUACGGCGCUCACUCUCACUAGAUACGGUAGGAAGACGCCCAUCUGUGUCGCCUACUGUCUUUGUGCUGCGUUCUUUAUGGCUUCGGCGUUUGUACCUAAAUCAAUGUGGUGGGCGUCGAUCGUGUUCUACCUGGCGGGCAAGAUGUGUAGCAGCUAUGGGCUGUUCUCCAUGCUUGUGGUGACAAUGGAGGUGUUCCCCACCACAUCACGCAACUCCCUCACCAACGUCGCUAACACAGUCGGCCGUCUUGGAUCCGUGAUCGCGCCACAAGCACCGCUCCUGGGUCAAUAUAUGACUGGUCUACCCAGCGUGGUGUUCGCUUUAGUGGCGUUAGGCCCUGCCAUGCUGGCGCUGCUACUGCCCGACACCAGUCGGACGCCGUUGCCGGACCGGGUCGCUGAUGCUGAACGACUCGAUGAGUCACCCGACUCAUCAGGGCAACUGGAGGGAGUCACGACUUCCUAACAUUGCCGAUAGUUCCGCUGAGUAGGACAGAACAGUAUUCUUUUGACAUCAAAUUUGUUGUUUAGUGAGUGGUAGUACUGCAGUGUCUACUACUCUGUCUCACUGUUGUCGUGUAUUGGCUAUGCCUUGUCGCAAAAAUCUCACCGAAAAUAAAUGAACAAAAUGAACAUCAAGUGUUAUGUGACGUCAUACAGUGUGAAAUAGACAAUAAGUGUGAAAUAAAACGAUAUUUAAGUGUACAGUGUAGAUAAAUAAACUCGCUUUGUUACAAAACAAUGUAUUUCCAUAUAAGCUGUGUUAUUUUAUAAGUUUGUUAGAUAAUUUUAUAUAAGAUAUAGAAGGAAUCUCAUUGUAACAAA